AUGACACAAGAGGAUCAUAUAUCAAAAGAUGGUUCAUCUGAAGACGCAAGCUUUUUGAACCAAUUGACUCCAACACAGGAACAUUUCUUAAAGAAAUAUCUCCUUGAAAAUAGAUUGGUUGAAGAAUUACACACAUUCUCAGAUCCUUUAGCAUGUCAAUUAUUAGGGAAACCCUUCAAAACCAACUUACCCAAAAAUGGACUUAGUGAAUUGCCAUUAUUAUCCUUCUUCUUUCAAAAUUUCCUUGUUUCAUUCCCAUUUAUAACCAAUAAUUCAGAAAAGAAUCAAGAAAAGUUCUGGCAAGGCACUUUACAGCCCUUCAUCGAAAGCCUUAAUCUGAAACCAUUAAGUAAUUCAGAAGAGAGACAGGAGAAUAUAACCAAAAGGAGGCAGAUCAAUAAAAAAUUCUUGUCACUAUUAUUAUUAUUUUAUAAUUCCACCUUGAUAACCAAACAAGAACUAACCUAUUUAAAUGAAAGUCAUUAUAAACCAUCAGAUACUGGGAAAUUAGAUAAAUUCCAAAAUCGGUUACAAGAUUGCAGUUGGAGGUAUGGUUUAGAAGAUUAUAAUUCAAUGAAAUUUCUAAAUGAUAUUAGUAUCAAUAUAAUAGCAGUCAGGACCAUCAAAGAUAAAUUGCCGACAGAAGCACCUUCUCAGUCAUGGACAAGAUAUUUGUUUUCUUCCGAAGAUGCACCUCCGAGACAUCACUAUGAAUUUGUGAUUCAGAUAGUGACUCGUGAAAAAGAGGACGCAUCUUAUUCUUAUGAAUCCCUGUUUAUAUCACGUCAUUACAAGGAAUUUAAAGGUUUGGAUGCCGCUCUUAAGAAAGCUUUCCCCGGAAUCAUGUCAGGAGAAGUUUCAAAUCUACCCCGUAAAGAAAAAAAUGAUUUAGGCUAUAAUGUAACCUCAAGAAGCGGUUCUAUUGAUUCCACAUUUGAAGUUGAAGAUGAAGAUGAAGAUGAAUCCAAUGGUUCCCUUGCUCGUGAAAAAUUAAGAGUGGCAUUGAGAGGGUAUUUGCGGUCUGUUACAAAGAUUCCAGCUCUAGCUCAUUCAAUUAUCGUUCAAGACUUUCUUUUAAAUAAAGAGCAUCUGUUUAGUAAAUUAACGACAGAAGACUUGAAGGAUUAUAAUUUAAGAAUGGAUCAUGAAGAAACGAUGCUCAAAACAAGAUAUGAAUUCCAACAACAAACUACUAAGGUUAUGGCUCAGUUUGCCAAAGAUUUCGAAGACUUUACCCAGAAUCUUAUCAUGAACCCGAAAACUAUAUCUGAACUAUUUGAAGACCUUGGGAAAACUUCCGACAUAAAUAAACUAUCCCCACUUUUCAGAACAUUUAAUGAGUGGUGCAAAUUAGAAAUUGCUGCUACCCUAUAUGAGACAUUUUUAUCACAGGAUAAUUCGAAUGAAUGGUUUAAUAAAUGUAAAAAAUUUCAUCGUUUGUUUCCAUACUCCAUAGUUUAUGGAAUUCUCAGGUUUACAAACCCAGUAAAUAUUGUCUCCAAGGUGAUUGAUUUGUUGUUAAUUAAUAUUCCUAGGUUCCUGUGGCCAUCUUGGGGUGGCAAACCAGAAGAAGAAAAGCAAAAUGGGACAAAGAAACCUGGUGCUCGAAACUUACUUUCUUUAAUUUUCAUAAUGCUUUUAGGGGAAGAUUUGAGUACUUAUGAGAAAGAGCUUAAAAACUUACGACAGGAAAAAUUGGGUCCCGGAUAUAGUUUAUUCUUGAAGAGACUUGAGAAUUAUACAAAUUUAACCUAUGUGGAAAUUAACCUAAUUAAGGAUGAAGCGAUGGAAAAAUCCCAAGAUUUACUAUUGACUAUUUUAUCAACCGAUUUGUUGGAGCCAAAGGUUACCGAAAGGGAAGAUAGAUUUAUAUUGAAGGAAGCAUUUCGAUCACAUGAUAAAUAUGUCAAAAUUGUCGAGGAUAAAGAUUUGGAUUCUGCCGAGCUCUAUCUAAAUCUUAAACAAUACUGGCAAAUUCUUGUUCGUAAGAAAGACAAAGAUGUAAUGAAACAAUUAUGGGAGGAGCCAGAGCUUACCAAUUUGAUUAAAGAUGUCCUUUCAAUUUUCUAUCAACCAUUGAUGAAAUUGUUCGCGAAAAGUGAUGUUCAUAUUGUAUUUAGGGCAUUUCAGAAGUUUGCUGAUGAUCUUGUGGCUACUUUAACUAAAAUCAAUAAUGAAGAAAUCUAUUAUUUGAACUCCAUGGAAAUCUACACCAAAUUGAAACAACUAUUGGACAACCAUGAGAAGAUUAUCUGGGAAUUUAUACAUAAUAUCUAUAUUAAGGACGACCAAAAAUUAUUUUUGAAAUUGAUUAAUUGGAUAGAAAAGUUUUUGGCUAUGCUUAGAUUAAAGUUUGCGGAUGAAGAAUUGGUUAAGAUGCAACUCUCUACAAAUGGAUUAGUGAUUGACGAAGAAUUAGCACUUCGACAAUUGGAUGCUAGAGUUGCACUAGUUGUGCAAAGAAGAAGACUUUUUAAAGAAUACUUACUGGCAAAAUCGAGCAAUAUUCAGACUGCUGAAGACAUGCUUGUUAAAGAAUGGGAUAAUAUCAACGAGCAGGCUCUUGGAAAUGCAAGCAGUGGUGAUUUUGGACUUCAUCUGGAAGAUUUGGAGGAAUUCAAUAAUUUGAAUUGUGAAGGAGAAUUGGAGACCAACACGAAGCAAAGCGACCUUGAAAAAUUGUUAUCGACAAAAUUACGUGAACUUGAAUUGGUGAGCAAGACUGUGGGAACGAGUGAGUUGGAUAAAUUAGAUCCAUUUGUCAAGGCCGAAUUGACUAGAGUGUUGGGAGGGAUUCAUAUAGAGUAA